AUGUACAUUUCUAGUACUCUUGGCAACAUUCACAUACCUGACAACAUAGACUUUUACCAAUUUAUCUUCAGAAAUUGCGAUCAAUAUUAUAAUCGAAUUGCCCUGAUUGAUGAUGAUAAAGAAGAAGCGAAGUCAAUUACUUAUGGCGAAUUGCGAGAUCGGAUUGAAAGAUGUUGCUCUGGUCUGAUUCGUUUAGGAUUGCAACCCAAAGAUGUAGUCAUGAUCCGAAGUCCUAAUUGCUUAGAGUUUGUUAUCGGCUUCUUUGCAGUUAUAGCUGCAGGUGGUAUCGUGACUACUUGCAACCCAAUCUUCACAGAGCAUGAAUUGGCAAGACAGCUGAAUGAUUCGAAACCGGCAUACAUAAUUACUCACGAAAGUUGUAUCAAUACGGUUAAAAAAGUCAACUACAGCUUCAGAAGAAAAAUUGUUAUUGGCAAACCCCCAAUCCGUGAUAACAGCUAUCAAGCUAUGUUCGAUCUCAUAAACGGCAAGGUUAACAAAGCUCCUAGGAAGUUCAAGGUUUCCCCUAAAUCAGAUGUUGCCGUGAUCUUAUAUUCGAGUGGUACUACUGGGCUACCAAAGGGUGUCAUGCUCUCCCAUUAUAAUUUAAUAGCUGAUAUGGUGAACUUUAGUCAUCGUGAUAUUGGAGCUUUAAAUAUGGAUUCUGAAGACGAAUGUUUGUUAAAUGUCUUACCAUUAUUUCAUGUAUAUGGUCUGGUGUCUAUACUUUCGUUUACGUUAUGUAAUGGACGUCGCUUAGUCCUUCAAUCGAAAUUUAUACAUACGAAAUUCCUGAAUGCAAUCCAAGAGUACAAGGUCACUAAAUUAUUAUGUGUGCCGGCCAUGGUAUUGUUUCUAGCUAAAAGUCCUUUGAUUGAUAAUUAUAACUUGUCCAGUUUAACCUACAUUAGUUCAGGAGGCGCCCCAGUUAGCUCAGAAAUUGGUGAAGACUUGCAAAAGCGCUUAAAAUUACAAACGUUUAAUCAAGGUUAUGGUAUGACAGAAUUAGGCCCACUGGUGGUGUAUGCAUUUUUAAACUCUUAUAAAGUUGGUUCAGUUGGUAAAUUAGUUCCCAACACGGAUUGCAAGGUUAUCAACGUUGAUAAUGGUGAAGCCGUUGGGCUCAAUGAAGUUGGAGAAUUAUGCUUCAGGGGACCGCAAAUGAUGUUAGGCUACAUCAACAAUCCACAAGCGACUGCAGAUACUAUUGACAAAAAUGGAUGGCUUCAUACUGGUGAUAUUGGGUAUUAUGAUAAUGAAGGCAACGUAUUUGUGAUAGAUCGUUUGAAGGAGCUGAUUAAAUUUAAAGGAUUUCAGAUUGCACCUGCUGAAUUGGAAGCUAUUUUAAAUGAUCAUCAACAAAUAGCAGAUUCUGCAGUAAUCGGAAUUCCUGAUGAAACGGCAGGAGAAGUCCCAAAAGCUUACGUAGUUUUAAGAAAUUCUAAAGAUUCGCUUUCUGCGAAAGACAUUAUCAAGUACGUAGCCGAGAACGUAGCUUGGUAUAAACAACUGCGAGGUGGCGUAGAAUUCGUCCAGUCAAUUCCGAAAUCUGCUAGUGGUAAAAUUUUACGUCGAGUCAUUCGACAGAAUGAAAAAUCUCGAAUCAGUAGCAAGCUGUAA